AUGGACAACAAAGCGUUCCAGUCUGCCCUUGUACGGCUUCAUGGCCCCAUUACCGCCGCAUCUCUCAUUAUACUUAUAUUCGACGAUGACGACAACCGGGCACCACGGGAUUCACGACGAGGCAACGGAGAGUCGUUCUACGAUAUUAGGGGCUGUGCAAAUGUAACCUUAGAUGGGGCGGAUAGAGGGGCAUGCGGUAUCGAAGAGACAUGCCGGAACUUUGCAGAUGCUAUGGAGGCCGGGUAA